GGAAAAAAAAAGCAAAUAAUAUAAUUUGUAAGUGGUGGUAGACUGGUAGCUGAACCCAAAUCGAAUUCCCCUUUCAAUCGAAGAGAAGAAGAACGAUUCAUUUCAUGGCGACUUCAAAGCUUCAAGCUUUUUGGAAUCAUCCAGCUGGUCCCAAAACCAUUCACUUUUGGGCCCCUACAUUUAAGUGGGGUAUCAGCAUUGCCAAUAUUGCUGAUUUUGCAAAACCACCUGAGAAGCUUUCCUAUCCUCAACAAAUAGCUGUUACAGCUACUGGACUUAUCUGGUCACGUUACAGCACAGUAAUCACUCCAAAAAAUUGGAACCUUUUUGCCGUGAACGUUGCAAUGGCAGGAACUGGCCUAUACCAACUGUCACGCAAAUUGCGGCAAGAUUAUUCGUCGGAGAAGGCUGUAGAAAAAGAAUGAUGACGGAGAAUUUGAAAAUAUCAAGUUAUUGUGUACUUGGAGCUUGAUACCUGGAUUGUAAUUUUCAUGUUGAACAUAUAUUUGAAAUAUCAUUUUGGGAAAAAAUAAUGAAUAGAUUUUAAAACCUCCCUUUUGCCGUAACUCAACCCUUUUUUAUUA